AUGGUGGUUGAGGUUCCAAGCCCACCAUCACCUCCCCGCGAGGAGCCCGAGCCAAUCUCUAAUGACGAGACCAACAUACCCAAUCCGAAAAGGUGUGCCGACAUCACGCACGAGACAAACCCACUGGUCACCCCAUGCAGAACCAACGCCGAGCCCACUUGGAAAUCUGACCUAAGGCUUAGCACAAGCAUCAGACAGACCAGACAACUCUACAACUUGUUCGAGCUUAAACAACUCGAAGACGAACCGCUGCAAAGCUUCCUCGACAGGUUCAAGGAGGCACUACUCGACCUCGACGAGACCUCGGAAGAAGUGCUCCUUCAAGCCUUCCAGAACGGACUCUCGUAUCGAUCCAGAUUUCGAGACGACCUCUACCUCCGCCCCUAA